AUUACAUAAUAAGUAAAUUAAUUAAAAAGUGAAUUUAAACAUUUACAUAAAUAAUAAUUCAUUUCAAAUUAAUAUACUGAAAGCCUUAUGUCUACCAUCGAUAAAUUGUUUAAUUAUGAUGAAUUUAAAAAACAACUUGAAGAAAUGAAAAAUCUUUCCGAUAAAUUACUGGAUGGCUGGAUAGUCUGCCCAGAAAAGGAUUUAGAAACGGGAAUUUUUGCAAAAAAAAAAAUGCGGAAAAUAUGGAAACAAAAUAACGGAAAUGAAGAAACUGUAACUUUCGAAUAUCACAUUUCAUUUAAUACAAGCUACUCUGUUCCGGUUAUUUGUUUUAUCACUUAUAAAAACGAUGGGUCUCAAUUAUCUCUGGAGCAGUCCUGGAAAAUAUUGAAUUUACAGGCUCCCUACACCAUGUUAACUCAACUGGACCAUCCUGUCCUUCAAAUACCCUUUUUAACAGUUCAUCCUUGUAAAACAGCGCAAUUUAUCGAUGAAUCGUUUAAAGACAGCAAAAAUAUACUCAUUUCCUGGCUUAGUGCCAUAGGACCGUUUGUGGGACUUACGCUCCAUCCAGAAUAUUUUAAAUUAACUCACUAACAUUACAAUUAUUAUGAAAAUAUACGAAAAAUUUAAAACACGUUGAUGCAAAUUUUUCUGAAUACGACCCUGACUGUGGCUCAUUUAAAACUAUAAUACAAAACCGGAUUUCUGUACUCCGUAUAACCCGUAUGCUAUAUAGUUUGAGAUUGAAGAGUUUUAUUGGUUUUAUAUUUCUAUUGAGGGAAUGCUAUAGGAUUUCUCAUUUCCCUCAAUAAUUUAAAAAAUUACAAUAGUUAUUUUGUUACUUUUUAAUUGUAGCUAACCUAAAAA